AUGAUAUUGUUUAACAAUGUAAUUUGUUUGGAAUUAUCCGAUGAAUAUAGAAAUCUAAAAUUUUUUGAAAAUUCAAAUCGUACAUGUUCAUUAGGAACAUUAAAUAAUUAUAUUUCGAAAAUUGUAUCGAUGGCUAUUUUUAAUGAACAAUUAUGGAUUUAUUUUGAUGAUCAUGUUGUUGGUAUUUAUGAUAAAUUUAUUGAAAAACAUUAUGAUCAUAUAAAUUAUCGUCUUUAUUUAUUUGAUGAAAAAUUUAUUAAUCUAACAUCCUAUUUAACUGAUGAUAAAAAAUUGAAACAAUUAUGGCCAUAUAAGGAUGAUGAUAGUGAUACAAUGGGUGAAGUUUCACUUACAAUCUUAUCAUCAAAUGAUGAUCGAUAUGAAUUAAUACUUUUAUAUUGGCUAUCAGUGAUUGAAGAAUAUGAAAGAUUAAAUGAUGGAAAAAAAUUCAUAAUAAUUAAUACAUAUCAUCGUUUUUUAGCCAAAGGUAAUCUUAAUCUUAAUAAUGAUCCGGAUAAUUAUAAAUUUCAAAUUGAAUAUAAAAAUCGAAAUUUAAGUAUAAAUGCCAAAUCAAUGUAUGAAGAAGUUAAUACACAGAUAAUAAAUCUAUCGAUUGAUGGAAAAUUAUUCAUAAUAUUAUUAACAUUAAAUCCAGUCAAUAUGGUAACUAUAUUUAAUGAUUAUGAAAUGAAAAAUACGUUUGGUAUAUUAUGUACAAAUGAUAAAAAAUCCAGACAAAUUUAUAUGAUACCAUAUAUGGUUGAUUUAUUAAAUGAUUGUCAACCACCUACAAAUCAAUUAGCAAAUUAUGUAUUUGGAUUUAAUAUUGGUGAAUCAUUAUAUUUUAUAUCAUUGUUUAAUAAACUUGUUUUACGUGUUGAAAAACGUUUAUUUAUUUCAUUUCAACGAAAAUUUACGUUAGAACAACCACGUUCAUUGGAGGAUUUUAUUGCCUGUAUAAAACCGACAAUAUGGCCACCACCAAACGAAAAAGAUAUAUAUGGUAAUUAUACAACUCCUUCAAUUAAUAAAAAAAUAAAAGUUUUUAAUGAAACGGAUGAUAAACAAUCGAAUUAUUCUGGAUUUUAUCAUAUAAAUAUUGGCUAUCGACCUAAAUCUUCAGUUAAUUUAUCAAUAUCAUCUUUAAUAAUGUUGAUGUUGAUCAAAUAUAUAAGCUUAAUCCUAAUCUAUUUUAAUGCUUGCCAUUAUUGUCCAGAUAUCUGUUUAAAUUUAUGA